AUGGACUAGAUUUAAGUCAUCCUAGUGAAAGAGCAUUUCGAAAACGAUUGUACAGAGAUUAGGUUUUUGGUCAAUAACCAAGAGGUUUUACCGAAAAUAAGUAUCAAAUUAAUAGAAGAUUAUUCUGAGGAAUUUUCAUCAGCUCUAUAUAAACAUCUAUUGAAUCACGUUUAGAAGGAGUGUCGUUUUCUAUACUUUAACGAGCCUUUGGAAUGCAAGAAACAAAAAAGGUUCAAUUUGAUCUCUCAAUUAGGAGUAGAUGUUAUACUAAAAAUAUUAAACUUAAAUUAUAUACCAAUAAUUCGAACUAAUUAUUCUCGUUAUAUCCUUGAAGACGUAAUUUUUACCACUUAGCCUUUUCAAAAGGGUAAAAGAUCGGUAAUAGAAAAACUGAAUUAAAGUUGGGAAACAUAAUGCAGAUUGAAAUCUAAAAUCACAAAAGAAUUCCUUUAAAUCAUAGAAGAAUUCAAAUUUUACUACCGUAUAGAUAUAUUAAUCACUUCAAAUUUCAAGCCAAUAAAAUAGGAAAAGUAUUCGGACUAUGAUGUACUUUAUGUACCAACUGAAGAGUUAAUAUUUUUAAAAACCAAUAAAAAAUAAUAGUUAUCGCUCUUAUUUCAGAAUUUAGAGCAAAUAAUUAAACAUGAUUAGUUAAUUUGA